GGCGUGGCUUGGGCUCGCUGGGCGGGGCCUGGGCCGUGUUGUCCCUUUUAGGCCGCCGUCGUUCGUUCCUCUUUCGCGUUUGGUAGAAUUGUUGUGCUACCGUUGGGAUAACUGUCGAGGUCUGCCUCUCUCGCUCUCUCCCUCGAAGAUGGCGCUGGCUGAGGCGAGCUCUCGGUACCCAGAGGGGGCCGCUGCCUCCGCUGUCGCCGCUGCGAACUCGCUGGACCCGCUGUCCCGCUUCACCUGCCCGGUGUGCCUGGAGGUGUUCGAGGGCCCCGUGCGAGCCCCCUGCGGCCAUGUCUUUUGCACACCAUGCAUUCAGGAAUGUCUUAAGCCAAAAAAGCCAGUUUGUGGAGUCUGCCGCAGCACACUGACCCAUGGCAUCAGAGCUCUGGAUUUGGAAAAGCAAAUUGAAAUGACAGAGACUACUUGCAAUGGCUGCAAUAAAAAAAUGUAUCUAUCCAAGUUGCGUGGCCAUGCAGCUACCUGUUCAAAAUAUCAGAAUUACAUAAUGGAAGGUGUUAGAGCCGUGACUAAAGAUCCACAACAAGAUACCAGGAGCAUUCCAAAUAGAUUUACAUUUACUUGCCCUUAUUGCAAUGAGAAAAACCUGGACCAAGAAGGACUAGUAGAACACUGUAGAAAAUAUCACAGCAUGGAUGCAAAGCGAGUGGUCUGUCCAAUUUGUGCAUCGAUGCCAUGGGGUGAUCCAAACUAUAGAAGUGCUAAUUUCAUGGAACAUCUUCAACGGCGACACCAGUUUUCUUAUGAUACUUUUGUGGAUUAUGACGCUGAUGAAGAUGAUAUGAUGGCCCAGGUUCUCUUGCGAUCCUUGAGGGAUCAAUGAACAAAGCAAGAAGCACUUCAUGCCCGGCUUCCGUGGGGGUUGGGGGAGAAUAACCAGGGACAUUUCCUACCCUAAGAUUCUUUGGCAUCCAUAAACUAAUUUUUCUUCAUUCUUGUGCCUACUAUCUCUAUACAUGGCCUCUUCUAGUGAGAUUUCCCUUGCUGUUUACUUGCUCCAGAAUACCUUUGGUCUUGGCUCUUAACAUUUUUUGCUUUAUUUAGAUUUUAUUUCAACUUCUAAUGUUUACAGAUUUUAAAUCACCAGGAGUUUGGCAAUAAUUUUCACCUUUACUAUUAUUGCAUUCUUUAACAUGGAUCAGGAAUUAGAAGCCUAAGGGUCUCCAUCUCUAGAUAACGGGUCUCCAUCUCUAGAUAACGGAGACGUAGGCUUAUUGAUUCAAAUAUUGGUUGCAGGUAUCAGUUUCUUAUUUUAUGUAGCAACACAUUGGAUUUGACUCAAAAUCAAGCCUUACAGAAGCCUGUUUCAGCAAUAUAAAAUGCUGAAGUUAUUCUUUUACAGUGUGUCUCUUAGUUCACUCUAUAUAAUACUUCUGUAAGUUUAGAGGCAAUCACUCAAGUUUUAUUUCAGUUGUUGGUCUUGAUAACUUUUUUACCUUACUCAUACAAAGUUCAGAUAUGAAAUGAGAUAAGCUUGUUCUAUGUUUCUGGAAGACAUUAGAAUUCAUACAAAACUUCAUUUCUGGCUUCCUACACCCCUGUAUAUUUCUACCUCUAUGCUUAGAGUUCAGAAUAAUUUGACAGCAGCAGAUGAGUCACCCUUCCCACCUGUUCCUUCAACAUAACACAAGUAAGACUAUUGUGCUUUGUGUGAACUGCACUUGUGUAGAUCUAAUAGAGAAAUGCCAUGUAUUCAUGUGUGAAAUCUUAUGCUGCUGUGGUUCAGAAACUUUGCAGUACAGGGAACAGAAAGUCUAAUUCUCACAUUUCUUGACUUUGAAUGCACUUGGCCCUAUUCUUGCAUUUUUUGCAUUGACUGAGCAUAUGAGUGGGGUGCCAUAUGCUUGACUUCUAUGUGUUCCGUGGAGAGUGAGAAUAGGACCCUGCAAACAGCUGUGUAUACUUGGAGCCUUGAUGCACAACUGGAAAGUAUCACUAGCAUGAGCUUCCAUACAUACAUUGCCAUUCUUAAUUUCUGCUUGAAGGCAUGGCAGUCCCAGGGAUGAGAUCAGCAGGCAUAACUCCUCUCCCCAUCCUGUUGACAUAUAGCUAGAAAGCACAGUUACAGUGAAGUAAUUAGGUUUUUAUAUAGUGAUCAUACACUGCCAUUAGUGAACACUGAACCAUUUGCUUCAGUGGCUUUUGAUGGAUAUGCAGGCUUCUUCAGAUACUAUGUUCCUUUGUGGGAAAGUACUCUGUCAAAAACAAGAACCUGGCUGGAUUCUUUAAAUGAGCAUGUUUUGGAUGGAUGGCUCUGGGUUUAAUGACAACUUUUUGCAGUAAACAUUCUAACUGGAACUGAAGUGAGGUGUGAAUUGACAGAGCUAAAUGUUGACUUGCAUAAUUUGGGAUAUAUAUUAGCUCAACAGGCAUUUGUUGCUGGAACCGGAGGUUAAAUUGUGCAAUAUUGCUGUCUGGAGGAAGUGGGGUUCCUCCAGACUUAAAACACCAUGAAUCAAUAAUGACAUGGUACACCAGAUCUGACACUAUCCUUGUGCGGCUGAAGUUGCUCGCUCUUGCUUUCUGUGACUACUCUGCUUGGACAUGGUUUGAUUCUGUUGUAAAUGCUCUCAAGAUUCUUGAGUUGGAUUUCUGUCUCAUUUAAGGGUUUCCCACUGAAUUGUUACUGAUAUUUUUGAGGUUGGCCUGUGGUAUCCUGGACCUCUCCAGCUUCACUUUCCUACCAGAGCACCUUGUAUGUUGGCCACCCGAGAUCAGCAGGUGGAAAUCAGGACAUUCCAGAGCAGCAUUCAAGAGGCUGAAGAGAACAAAAGCUGGAGGGGAAAACUAGCUGUUUGCUCAUACAUGCACGGAAGUGCCUUCUGCACGCACAUGGACUUCUUGGCCGUUAUCUUUCAGCCUUUCAAUAAGAACAUCUUCUCCAACCACCUGUGGAUCGCAUAGGACCUAAAUACCCUUUGUGAACAUAACAGACUUUUUUGUUCUUGUAUUCUAAGUGCACUUCUAGUAAUUUUAAUAAGAAUUUUAGAACUUCAAAAUGGUCAUGUUCUGGCUUUUAAAUAAAGAAAAUAAACUUAAUUGAUAAAA